UUGCUUUGGUCUUUGUGUUGUUGACAUCAGAGGAGGAGCUGGAGGAGUUUGAGCUUCAGAAAUUCAAGAAAUCAGAUGAGUGUCUCAUUAGAUUAUCAGCAGCCAUCAAAACCUCCAAAAGAGCUCUGCUAAAUGAUUGUGACUUAACAGACAAAAGCUGUCCAGCUCUGGCUACAGUUCUUGGAUCAGAUACCAAUCUGAAAGAGCUGAACAUGAACAAUAAUAAUCUGCAGGAUUCAGGAGUGAAGCUGCUCUGCACUGGACUGAAGAAUAUAAAUUGCAAAUUAGAGAUACUGAGGUAAGUUUUGUGACAAUCCCUAGUGUUUGGUUAUAAUUC